AUGUGGCCUCUGGCAGUGUCAUGGCGACUCUUGCUGAUAUGCGCCUUCAUAUGCACAGUGGACUCGGUGGCAGAACAAACGAACGCACAGAGGCUCCGUCUCAAGCAUGAGGACGGAUGUUUGACACCCAUCGCCGUGCACAACUGCACAGCGUUUUGGGCGGCCCUGCAGUCGCUGCCCUCGAAUGAUCAAGGAAGGAUAAUUGUAAUUUCUGGUUCCGUUAACUGUUCUUCUUUCAGUGGGGGGGAUAUCGAGCUACGUGGCAAGACAAUCGUCAGGGGCUGUGGCCCACAGUGUCCGACGCCUGUCCUGGAUCUGGGGAGUCAAACAGGCAAGAUAUUGUUGUCAGAGGGCGCCUCUCUGGCAUUUCAUGGGGUAGUUGUGCUGCAAGACUGGGUGCAGCUCAGUGCAGCGCGAGGGGUCAUAAUGCCUGCCAUUGCGCUGCAGGGAGGGAACAAUGUGCGUUAUGGGGUGUCUGUUCUGGCGGCCAACCACUGCGCUGCUGCAAGAUUGCGCAGCUCCAGGCGGCAGAAGUCAGCGAACCCCAAGAGUGCAGGUCGAAAGAUGAGGAAGGAGCUUAGAGCAUUGGGUGCUGAUGUGGAAACGGAUUUCACCAUCAACAAUGCCACAAUUAAUGUUGGAGCAGAUGGGACCGGGGGGGCCCAGACUGGGGAAGUAUUAGUCGAGUUGGUUAGAACCACAGGGGACGCUUUGCUGAACAAGCUCGGCGUCAUUGAGUUCUGCGAAACUGUGGUUCUGUGUCAGCUCGGCAACAGUGUGGAGGUUCUUGCGAAACGGCUGCAAGAUUUGCAGGCGCAUGACUGUGGCUCUUUCGAGUCAUGUGGGCAAGUGGGCAGCCUGUCAGCGGACGAGGGACCUGUUCCUGCAGAGACAGAGACCGAGGAUGGCAGCGGCAGCAACAACCAACUGGUGGUGAUCGCUGUGUCCACAACAGUUACGAUCAUCGUUCUGUUGCUGGCGGCAACCAUGUUUUCAAGCUACGUCGUGAAUAAGAGAAGAAGGAAAGAAAAGGUAGAUACAGACAAGCCCAAACCAUCCCCUCAAGCUCCAACUCGGCAGGAGGAACCCAAACACGAGCCCUCCGAGCAAGCCAUGGCACGCCAAGCUGAGAAAGUUAAACUACAACAGGACAACGCCCAUGAUGCGUACCUUGCAGCCAGAGAAGAAUCUUCCUCCGGUGGAGCUUCCGAUUGGUCCAAACUGGACAUCAGAGAUGUGGAAUUCGAGGCCUUGAUAGGCAAGGGAGGGUUUGGAAAAGUGUACAAAGUCAGGUACCAUGGGGAGGUGCUGGCCCUCAAGAUGAUCAACCAUGAGGACGUGUCUGGCGAUGCUGUGAGCCAGCCCCUAGAGGUAUACUUCAGCCAGAGCAUCAAGCACCGCCACGUGGUGAGGACGUACUUGCACAACACGCACAAGAGGAGUUGCAGCGAGGCUCCAUGCAUGACACCCAUUUCUGCAAGGUCGGAGGCUGACUGGCUGAGCUACAUCGGCUCGGUGAACGAGAUGGAGCUGGGCGACUUCCGAACCUGGCUGGUUAUGGAGUUCUGUGACAUGGGCACCCUGCAACAAGCCAUCGAGGACAGAGACAGCACAUUCUUUGGGUUUGGAGGGGGCUGUGCAGUCAAGAAGGCAAGGCUGGUUUUGAGCUGUGCCAGGGACGUCACGUCUGCGAUGGCGUACCUGCACUCACUGGACAUUAUCCACGGUGAUCUGAAGGCGCAGAACAUCCUACUGCAGACCUGCAGGAGCAACGAGAGGGGGUUCAUCUGCAAGGUGGCAGACUUCGGCUUGAGCAGGAGCUCCCGCUGUCGCUCGUACAUUCAGACAAACACAUUUGGCACAGUCUCCCAUAUGCCGCCGGAGCUGCUCAGCGACGGAAUCCUAACUCCUGCGACCGACGUCUACAGCUUUGGCAUGAUGCUUUUUGAGAUGAUAUCUGGGGAGGCACCCUAUUCUUCCAUGGAAUACACGGAGAUCGUGAUGGGGGUUGUGGCAGGAGUGCGGCCCACAAUCCCCAGGAACUGCCCACCAGCAGUGGCCCUGCUCAUCAAGGACUGCUGGCACAGGGACUACAGGUUGAGGCCCACGUUCCGUGAGAUAGCAGACAGGCUUGACAAUAUCAUCGACCACAUGACGUGUCCUGUGGACGACAAGGAGGAUCCCUUGUUGCUGAAGGGCGAUGUGGGGGCGAGGCCACAAGAAGAGCCCCCCGUUCCCAGCUUCUUGAUCGGCAGACAGACCCUGAGCGCCCGCUGCACCAGCCUCGUCGACACCGCGUUCAGCAUGCCUCACGGCCAGGACCCAGCCGCCGCCUACACUCCCAGGGAUGGCGCCUACACUCCCAGGGAUGGCGCCUACACACCCAGGGAUGAAGUCUACACACCCAGGGAUGACGUCUACACACCCAGGGAUGAAGUCUACACACCCAGGGAUGAAGUCUGCACACCCAGGGACGCCUACGCUUCCGCUGAAGAAACAGACGAAUACGAUUCCGGUGCGGAUGGUUAUUUGAGCUCAAGGACUUUUCAGUAG